AUGAAGGCUUCAAAUCCCGAAGAAACGAUGUAUCAGUUCGAGAUCAACGCCGGAGGUUCCUGCUGGAAAUUGUCGGAAUCUACUAUUACUUGUCGCUCAAGCAACCUCAUGACCGAGCGAGCACGAGUGAUAAUUCCUAUCAACUUCCCCCAAGAACUAAGCUUGAAGAUCCUGUUAGCUGCCGCAGAUAACAAACUAACGUUGAUAUCGGCGACGAAGGAAGCGAUUUACGUUUAUGCCCUCGGGAAUAUAGUCGCCGAUCCCAAGUGGGUUCUAGUGAGGCAGAUCGGAAAAGGAGUGGUGGACGAAACGGAGCUCAAGUAUUGGAGCGUGCCGGCUUACGAUGGGAAGGCUUAG